UGUUCCUAAAUUUGGAUGGGUCCGCGUUUCCAUAAAAUCGGUGAAAGGCCUCUCAAAUUGUGGAGUUAACGGUGACACAGAAGCAGCUCCCAUUUCUCUCUUCUUUGCAAAGAGAAGAGAUCUGCGUUCUCCUCUCCCUUCGCAAAUUUUCUUCAAGAGUAGUUAAAAAUGGGGCUGACUUUCACGAAGCUGUUCAGCCGGCUCUUCGCCAAGAAAGAGAUGCGUAUUCUCAUGGUUGGACUUGACGCUGCUGGUAAGACCACCAUUCUCUACAAGCUCAAGCUUGGAGAGAUCGUCACCACCAUUCCCACCAUUGGGUUCAAUGUGGAAACUGUGGAAUACAAGAACAUCAGCUUCACUGUCUGGGAUGUUGGAGGCCAAGACAAGAUCCGUCCAUUGUGGAGACAUUACUUCCAAAACACACAAGGGCUUAUUUUUGUGGUUGACAGCAAUGACAGGGACCGUGUUGUUGAAGCAAGAGAUGAGCUACAUAGGAUGUUGAAUGAGGAUGAGUUGAGGGAUGCCGUGCUUCUAGUUUUUGCUAACAAACAAGAUCUUCCAAAUGCUAUGAAUGCUGCUGAGAUAACUGAUAAGCUUGGUCUUCAUUCUCUCCGUCAGCGUCAUUGGUAUAUCCAGAGCACAUGUGCUACCUCUGGUGAAGGGCUUUACGAAGGACUUGACUGGCUCUCCAACAAUAUUGCAAACAAGGCAUAGAGUUCUACCAGUUAUCAUGAAGGACUCCAGUCAGUGGUUACGGUCUCGCAUAUCUGAUUUUCUUGCCGUUCCUUUAGAUUUUCAUUGUUCGAGCAUGUAUUAUUUUGUUUUGAUAAAAGAACAUCAUUCGGUUACAUAGCCCGAAGAAUAAUUUGACAUUUUUUCCCUGUAUAACCAAAUAUAUAGAAUUGUUACCCAUUCAUUUAUGAAGCCAACUUAAUCGUUGAAA